AUGGAUUGGCUCGCCGGAAGCCCCCAAAAGCUUAUUUUGAGCAGCACAUCCGUCUGCGAAAUACAUGGAGCUCACAAUUUCCCAGAGCUCGUCGCAUUUAUAUGGCUCCCACUCCACAACUUUGACCCCUGCUUCAAUGAGUUUUUUUUCAACAAAUUCAAGUCCUCGCAAAAUGGGUGGAUGUGGCUUGACGACUCCAUCAGACCUCAUGAUACCCACAGUCAACUGUUUGUCUACAUCCACUUUUUUCCAAGGAAUACGGUAAAGGGUGGCGUCCUGGAGCCAUGGUUUGGCACCAACAUAAGAAGACAUAAACAGUUCGAUAUCACUCAAAUGUUGUGCCAACGGGCCAAUUGA